AGGAAGGUGGGAAUGGGCGUCGACCUCCGAUGCAGCCAUCAGCUCCGUCCGGUGUAGGUGAUGAUGAGACCAGGGAGUUCUGUGAGUACGUACGUGAGAAGAUGAAGAGAAAGAAACUGGAAGAGGAGAGGAGUGAAAGAGAAGAAGUUGAGAGAAGGAGGAGGGAGGAAGAAAACAGAAAGGAGCAAGAGAGACUAAGGGAAGCGGAAGCUAGAGAAGCGAGGCUCGAGGCAAGAUUGGUGAAACUUUUGUCUCAGCACAAUAAAGCUGGGAUACAAUGGAGCACUUCGGGGACGAAGAGGAAAUCGCCACGUACGAAGGCAAGAGUACUAAGGGAGAUAACUAGUUACCGCGAGGAGUCUGAGGACGAUAGCGAAGAAGUAAGGGAGGAGGCGGGGAGGCUAGUAGCGGCCAUUGAGAAGAGGAAAGGCAAGAAGAGGAUCACCGAGGAUGAAGGUAGAAUUCCGAAGGUAAGGAGUGUGAGGAAGGGGAUGAGAGAGGAUCCCGUGAGAAUCGAAGAAGAAGAAGAAGAAGUGCGGACUCCUCCACGAGAUGUGAAAGAUGAAGAUGAUCAAGGGAUUCUUGACUUUGUGAUCGAACUACACCGGCAUCUUUCCGAGAAGAAAGUCCCAGAGCUCCGUAAGUUGUGCAACCGAGAAGGGAUAGAAUGGUCAAAACGAGACACGGCCAUCGGCGAGCUGGUGAAAUGUAAAGCAAAGCUAGCAUACGGCGGAUUUGCGGAAAAAGGUAAUGUCGCUCAUCUCUUUGAAAACUAAGUCGGGAGGAUGGAGGAGUUGAGGAGGUUGAUGGAUGAUCGUCAUGGAAUCAACAGUGUCGGAAGAG